AGAGUUGCGGUGUCCGCAGCAACUCACAACGUUCCCCCUCGUUUAUUAUUAGUUUUCUGUCGAAUCGGGGCGGAAAAUAUUAAAUUUGGGGACAAAAUGACGCAGAUGUCGGAUGAACAAUUCCGCAUACUCAUCGAAACAAUACGCUCCCUGGCGCACAUCAAAGAAGAUGAGCCGUAAUCGAAGGGAAGCUUCAGCAACUGCCCCGUCCGCUUCAGUGGGCAGCGUGAUCACGAUGCCGUGGAUGAGUUUAACGAUCGGGACGCCCUGAAGGGGCCGUUGCUAUUCAACAACAUCGCCGUUGUCUGGUGGAAGGGGGUGCGUCGAGAUGCGAAAACCUGGAAGGAUGCCAUGCAGCUUUUGCGAGACCACUUUUCGCCCACCAAGCCCUCCUAUCAAAUCUACAUGGAGAUCUUUGAGACGAAGCAAGGGGGAGGUGAAGCCAUCGAUUCGUUUAUUUGCAAGCAACGCGCGCUUUUGGCCAAGCUACCCGACGGCCGCCACGACGAGGAAACAGAGCUGGACUUCAUCUAUGGCUUAAUGCAGUCCAAGUACAGGGAGAGUAUUCCAAGGCAUGAAAUUAAGACUUUUCGGGAUUUGUUGGACCGGGGACGCACUGUGGAGCGCACUAGACACUAAAGAAUCUUGUAGAUAGUUGUAAAUAGUAAAACUAAAAUUCAGGAGAAACCCUUUCGCCGCCCGCUCGUUGGUGCCUGGACGCCCGGACUAUCC